UGUCGCUGUCGUCGAAAAGAAUCACGAUGUUUCAAUGUAUUUUUUUGAUUUUGCUGGAUGUGGGUUCUCGGCUAGGGCCAGCUCGCGGACAUUACACUAGUCCUAAUACGAUAUCGUCUUGAUUGAAACCCGUAGACCUCACCAAUACUACGAGAAACGCAGAUAAUAAUGAUUGUAGAGCCACCCAUUGACAAUGAAGACCAAGUGGAUUUACUUGUGGCUCAGUACCUUCAACUUCUUGAACCGCAACGCCUCUCUAUACCAGCAGAUAAUGUCCUCAAAAGACCAGUGGUUCAGCAGCUGAUCUACCAGAGAAUGUUCGAUGAAGCACACGUUUGGCCUAUCCCUCCACCAAGCUAUCGUAUCCGGGUUCUCAAAAUUCUCAUAUCUAAAUUGGAAGAGUCAAUUUCUAACCCUGACGAGGAUGAGGUCUCGGAUGAUCUCAUGAGGAGCUAUAGCGAUCUCAUCGGUUGCCCACGACUGGCCCCCUUCGAGGAAGCCCGGACAUUGUCAUACAUCCGUUAUACAGCCCCCAGAGGUCACGCUUCACAGGGAAAUCAUAAAGGCCAAUUCGUGAUAACGUCAGAAAACCGUAACCUUAUACUUGCCUCGGGAACCACCGGAUUCCGCACAUGGGAGGCGGCUUUACACCUUGGUACCUACCUUACAACCCCGGAAGGCAGGUCACUAAUUGAGGGGAAGAAUGUCGUUGAGCUCGGAAGUGGCACGGGAUUUCUUUCCAUGUAUUGCCUAAAAUGUCUUGGUGCCCGGAGCGUGACGGCUACGGACAGAGACCCUGCAUUAAUAUCUACUAUCAAGGACUGUGCAAUGCAGAACGACCCUUCAUGCAAUAGAAUCAGUGCUGAUAUAUGGGAAUGGGGAACCCCAUUUCAACCUAACCGGAUCUCCUCAUCUGGAGAACCGCACCAAUCAUUUGAUGUUGCACUUGGAGCCGAUCUGAUAUAUGACCGGGACCUUGUACCUCUUUUAUCAUCAACGUUACGAGAAUUAUUCGACAAGCACAAAAUUAAGGAAUUUAUUUUGUCUGCCACACUUCGAAAUCCGGCGACCUUUGAAACUUUUCUUAAACGAUGCGAAGCGAGCGGUUUGGACUGUCGUCGGGUAAAUUUUGAAUCGCCGCCCCUAGAAUCCCAGGAUGGAUUUUUUCACAGUACCAAUGUUCCUAUCCGGACGUACAGGAUUUCAAACUCCUUACUUCCUUGAUAAUGUCCCAUACAUUUUUAAAUCUUCUGCACGGCUGUAGUAUACGACUAAUAUACCUUGAUUCGUCCCCGCAUUUGUGUUCAUACUUUCCAAGCGCUACCAUCUAAACAAUUGCCAAAGACAGGGCUGUAAAUUAGUCAUUCGCGGUACAAUCAUCUUAUUUCCAUCCAUUUUAUUUUCUUCUAUAUUUCCUAUUGUCACGAAGGGAAGAAAAAUUAGGCUAUGUCGAGGCGUUUCACAAUAACGACCUGAGAUACAUAUACCAGAACCAAUCAUCCCAAAGAUUACUUGGAAGAGGAAGGAAAUCAUGCAGACAUGGAUAAUUUAGCCACUGACAACUCAAGAAACAAUAGCUUUUUCUCUCCCGCCUGCCGAAGAGGGCCCAUGAGUAUGUUUAUCUAUGCCCUUUACCUAGAGGACAAUGCAUAUGGACAUGCAUGCCCACCUCCUAAUAUAAUAUGCAAAACAUACCUGAAGAUCCAGCCGCGGGCAGCCCCUACCUCAUGCGGCCAAACAAUCAUAUUAUAUCCCUCAGUACCAACCCUACAAUGCGUUGUGCUAUACAGUUCCCUUCUUAUUUUAAUAUACCAUAUCAUAAACUCCGUCUUAAUAUCAGAAAAUGGUGUCCCCGCAUAACUCGCAUAUAUAUAUAUAUAUAUGAAUGCACACACAAACCCCAUUAGAAGGGAGCCCCAGAUCCACUCCACCGCUUCCGCUAUUCUUUUCAUUCGUACGGAGUACCCUUCCUAGCUGCACUGCUGUACUUUGUAGUAUUAUUAUGCAGAGCACGGACCACAUCUCAUCUCAUCAUCCACCCUUUUUUGACCGUUGGGGAUGGAUGGGGUAGAAUUAGGCAGGUAGGUGGUCAGGAAAGCUGCUGGAAAGCGGGCACGAACCAGGGAUGGGAUUUUUCUACUGAGGCAUACGUGUAUCUCUAUCUGCAUGUUUUUAAUAACCGCGUCUCGGGUGGAUCUAUAGAGACAUGAGAAAGACCUACAUAGGGUACACGGACGACCAGUCGGUGAAACAAACUUGUUUCUGUCGAAGGACUGGUUUAACAGAUGGACCAUUCCCUCAAAACCGAUUUCCUCCACUAUUGAUGAAAUCUGAACAAAAACCUCUAAUGCUGUCCAACGGGUGAUCGUGAUACUUCUUCUUCUCUACCAUAAUCCAACCCCCGAGAAGCCUGAAUCAUGUAACCUCCGCAUAUUAUCAGAUCG